AUGGUCGUCGAAAAGCCACAUGUGCUCGUCCCUCCACAUGAAAAUAAUAUACGAGCCUUACAUGCUUACCAUCCAGCUUGUGCAUAUAGUCAACAACACCACUCUGUACAAGCUCUCUCGCAUUCUCGUCUGAAGGUCCAACCUCCGAACAAGAGAGCCAUGUCUGUUGCAGUGGAACCAAUGGCACCAACGGCACCAACGGCACCAACGGUACAAAUUGAGCCUCACCUUGACGUGAAGCUGUUCAACCGCUGGAGCUUCGACGAUGUUCAGGUCAGUGACAUUUCACUGGCGGACUACGUUGGAGUUGUCCCAGCCAAGCAUGCAACUUAUGUACCUCACACUGCCGGGAGGUACUCAGUCAAACGAUUCAGGAAAGCCCAGUGCCCUAUAGUGGAGAGGCUUACAAACUCACUCAUGAUGCACGGCAGGAACAAUGGGAAGAAACUUAUGGCUGUAAGGAUCAUUAGGCAUGCAAUGGAAAUUAUCCAUUUGCUGACUGAUCAGAAUCCCAUUCAAAUUAUUGUUGACGCUGUUGUUAAUAGUGGUCCACGAGAAGAUGCAACUCGUAUUGGAUCUGCUGGAGUUGUUAGGCGUCAGGCUGUGGAUAUUUCACCUUUGAGACGCGUGAAUCAGGCUAUCUAUCUCCUUACAACUGGUGCUCGUGAAUCUGCUUUUAGAAACAUCAAAACUAUUGCAGAAUGUUUGGCCGACGAACUGAUUAAUGCUGCAAAAGGUUCAUCUAACAGUUACGCUAUAAAGAAGAAGGAUGAGAUUGAAAGAGUUGCCAAGGCCAACCGUUAA